AUGGAAGCAAUUGCGCUUGUGCCAACCAUAGAGGCAUUGUUAUUGCAAAACUGCAAGGACAAGAAGAAACAAGCAGUUGAUCUGAUAAUCAAGAAUGUAGGGCUAAUUGGGUUCUUGCUAAAGAAUGUUUUACAGCAUAUCAAGCCUGAGGACUGCGAAGAGGACAAGGAGCUCUUCCACCUCAUCUCGUCUAUGAUAUAUUUCUACACACAGGAGUACGACAAGUGUGUGAGACACGCUGUUCUUUCAAAGAACGAGUGGUUCCGGGCUGCUGGGAACCAGUGCGAAACUCUCAGCCUGUACUUCCAAGAGUCAAGAAACCGAGUAAUUAGAAAAUACAUUAAAACACAAGGGGCGCACAGUGCGGAAAUGAAAGAGUUUAUGUCCUGUCUUCUCCAGCAGAAGACAGAGGAUGGGAAGGAUGCAUUUUCUCUGCUGGCUUUGCAUAUAACAACAAAGAACAUAGAGUCAAUUGAGGCAUUUAUAAGAAACAAUAUGCACAUUCUGUGCAAUGACACGCAGAUGAAGUUCUUGCUUGAGGAGAUGAAACAGGAAAGAAUAUAUUCAAAGCUGUUCCCACUGAUGGAAGGCAUAUGGAGUGAAGCGAGCAGUGGAGACUACUCUCUUUUCUUCUACAAGUAUCUUCUUGAUGCGUACCUAUUUAGAAAAGACGAGAAGGCUCUGAAGGAUCUUCUUAAGUACCUAGCAGAUGUGAAGACAGAGGUUGCCCUGUACAUGGCCUUUUUAAUCCACGACAGAGCCCCAGUCAUCUCGCAGUCAAUUGGGGAGGACAUUAAGCACGCCUCUAUGCACAAGCUGCUAACAGGGCAGUUCCAGUCGUCUACGUACCAAAAGUUCCUCUCUGAGAAGAACCAGGCAAACUUCGCUCUACUUGCUGAACUGUCAAAGUCGCAGAGCUCCAAGCUUUCCAUGAACCACAUGUCUCUCAGCUUCUGCAAUGGCCUGAUGAACUGCAAAACAGCAAAUGACACGUAUCUGCGGAAGAAUCUGGAGUGGAUGCGGCAGGCAAAGAACUGGUCCAAGUUUGUGGUGGCAUCCUCCUUUGGAAUGGUGCACACAGACAGCGAAGAUCCGUUUGAAAUGCUAAGGCACUAUCUUCCAAUGGCAUCAAUCAAGAACUCAGAGAAGGACAGCCCAGAAAGCGGAGGGGCUUUGUUUGCACUUGGUCUGAUUUCCGUUAACUCCCCAGUGGUUGCAGAUAGCUUUUUGAGCAACUUCCUAGAUACAGAGAUGGAAAGCAGACGAGGCCACAUUUUGCACGGAGUCUGCCUGGGCCUUGGCCUUACCCGGCUUGGUACAGCAGACGAAGACUCCAUUGCAAGGUUUAAGAAUGUUCUCUAUUCCGACACGGUGACUACAUCUGAGGCAGCUGCAUACGCAAUUGGGCUGGUUAGCGCAGGGAUAUUCAGUAGCGAGCUGGCAAAAGAGCUUCUGACAUACGCAAGAGACACUGAGCACGAGAAGAUCUCAAGAGCUGUGGGUGUGAGUAUUGCACUGCAGCUGAUUGCUGCAAAUGCAUCGAGUGCAGGUUCCUCUUCAGAGAUCCAGGAGAUGCUAGACGAGCUGCUUGCAGACUCAAACCCAAUUCUUAGAUAUACAGGAGUCCUUUCUCUUGGAGCAAUGUAUGUAGGCGGAGGAAGUCUAUCUGUGGUUGAAAAGCUUCUGUUCAUAAUCAGCACAGACUCAUCAGAGGACGUUAAAAGAGCAGCAGUGUUCAGCAUUGGGCUGAUUCUUACAACAAAACCCGAAACAUGCAAGGAUAAAGAUAGUCUUAUGGGAGGGAACUCAGUUCUUUUUAAGGUGCUUGAGCCCCUUGCACAGAGCCACUCGCCGUACGUUCGUUCUGGGGUCUCCCUCACGCUAGGAAUGUUCCUUGCAGGGUCCGGAGACAAACAGGCGCUCACCCUUCUUGAGGAGCUUAUGUACGACAGCACUUCUUAUGUCAGGCAGAAUGCAAGCAUUGGUGCAGGAAUGGUUCUUAUGCAGGUAAAUGCACGGGACGAUCCUUUCUACCGGCGAAUUGUCGAGCACAUGCACAGCAUGACAAAGAGAAAGAGUGAAAGCGGAGCAGCCCGGUUUGGUGCGCUUCUAGGCCGCUCCUUCCUUGAUGCAUGCGGAAAGAAUGGAUUCAUGAGCAUAUUCGGCAUGUCCGGUGAUCUUUCUGUGAAGAGCGUGUGCGGUGCCAUUUUGUUCUCGCAGUUUUGGCACUGGUACCCCUUGGUGCCCUUCAUUGCGCUGUGCAUGCGGCCAACUGUUCUUCUUGCAGUUGACACAGACUUGAACCUGGUGGAAGGAUUCUCUGUUGAGGUGGAUGGCCCACAGAAGGAGCACUUGAUCACAGACGUGUCUGUGGCAGAGAGCAAGAAGCAAGGGAAAAAGUUCAAAAUACUUCCACUUGCAACUGGAGAGGAUGAAGAGGAGGCAUCUGAUGAAGAAGUCUCUGAGGCAGAUGUAAUAGAAGAGAAGUCUCACAUUGUAAAGAACUUUGAAAGGUUCACGCCGUCGCAGCAGAGAAAGUCCUCUUUGGCUGGGCUGCCUUCUGUUAUUUUCCUUCCAAAAACUAAGUCUGCCGAUGCCUCUGGCCAGAUACAGGAGUCUGCUGAGAUAGAAGAAUAA